UAUGGGGUAUUUUUUUGGUGCAAAUGGAAUGGAUAUGAAAAUGCAGAUAUUCUUACCUGUGCAUGACGGUUCAAUCAAGGAUGGGCAUUGGAUUCUCAUUGUGGUUGACAUGGUCACAAAGGUUGCUGAAGUAUGGGAUAGCGGACCAGGACCAGUACUACAGCCAUCGACAAGGGAAAACAUUUUGCUUAUGCUGAGACACAUAGACCGGGUAAUGUGGUUUGAUAACAUAACGCAACCUGGAAGCAUGGUAAAGGUAGAAGAUUUUACAAUUGUUGAGGGCCCGAAUGUGCCAAAGCAACAAAACGCAUUUGACUGCGGUGUCUACGUCAUACAAAACAUGCAGCAUUAUCGGACCGAUUGGGCAAAACAGUACGACUCGGAAUACCAGAGAGCAGCCAUAUUAUUGGAUUGUUUAACAGCCCCAAAUAACGAGUCGGAUGCAAACGUAGGAGCGGCUAUCGUAAAUAGUGACAAUGGGGUUGAAACAAAUGCAAUGCAGCAUGAUGGUUUGCAUCAGAAUGGAGAAGGAAUGCAUAUGGAAGAAUGGGAAGAAGGAGGGAAAGGGGAGUAUAGUCACAUACAAGGUCGUGUAGGACUAGGAGGGCAUCGAAAUGUUGGGGACAACGUCCCAUCAAAAACGCAUAUAAUUUAACAAAGGGUCCUGCGUCACAUACAGAACGGGAAUGAAAAGUAAAAAGAUGAACAAGGGUUCAAAAGGGAAACACGCAAAUGGAAUGAGAAGGUGUGAAGCAGAACCUAUAGGUAAGUUUUACUGUGGGGGAGGUGCAAUAUCCGUGUUUAAUAUAUCAUAAAGAAUAAGUGGUUCAAUCUUCGUUACGCGGUAAUAUUGUUAUUUAGUGUGAGCAAUGACUUGUGACGAAAAGUUAUCGCCCACCAUAGUAUUGCAUUUUCGUGCUUGGCGUUGAGAGAUCGAAGACGGUGUAAUAAAACGUCAUAAAAACUUUUGUAUUACUUCAGUAAGUUGUUAUGUGUUAUAUUUUCAUGGA